CAUGGCGGGUUGUAGGGGGCCGGGCCUUGCACGAGCGCUGCUGGGGUGUGUGGGUCUAAUACUCCUAACCCAAGGUGACGUCACAGAGGCGUCGCCCUUUGACCUGAAGAUGGACAGGGCGCUGCUGACCGUGACCUCUGACCUGACCUACCCUGUGGAGGCGUGGACGGUGUCGGACGUGUGUUACCAGUGCAACUUGAGUUUCACUGGACUGAUAGUGACGUCACGUAGUAGCGGGAACCUGACGACCAACACGUCAUACCCCACCCGCCUCGACUUCGUCUGGAACCAUGGCAACGGGACAAACCAAUCUGUCUGUAGCCACCACUACCACUACGGUGAGUACGGGCACUACAAGAUGCAGCUCCCGAAAUGCAAGCUGAGCACCCUGACGGACCCUGUCAACAGCAACAUACCCAUUCUUGUUGCGUUCUUCGUGUACGUGGCGCUUGGUGCUGUGUGGGUGGUCGCCUCGUAUCUGUACAGGAGAAGGUUCGGCGGCGAGGAGGACGAAAUGAGACAUCUUCUGAUCAACACGGGUCGCCACAAUGACGCCGGCCCUCCGAAGCCGGAGUCUCCGGCCAAACCAAGACGUCUCAAGUCGCUGGACACCUUCAGAGGGAUGUGUCUGUGCAUCAUGGCGUUCGUGAACUACGGAGGAGGCGGCUACUGGUUCUUAGACCACUCCGUCUGGAACGGUAUCACUGUGGCAGACCUCGUGUUCCCAUGGUUCAUGUGGAUCAUGGGAACGAGCACCGCGCUCUCGUUCCGCGGGUUGCAGCGCAAGGCCACGCCCAAGCUGACCAUCUUCGGCAAGAUCGUGAGGAGGACCAUCACCCUGUUUCUGCUGGGACUGUUCAUUGUUAACGCACCGGACGACUGGGCCACCAUCCGGAUCCCUGGGGUACUGCAGCGCUUUGCGGUGUCGUAUUUCGCCGUGUCCACCAUGAUGCUGCUCCACAUGGAGGUCGGAGGACAGGAGGAACACUACUCACGGACGGAGUGGUACCGUGACCUGGUGCCGUACUGGAAGCAGUGGCUGUUCGUGCUCUGUCUGCUGGCUGUGCACACCUGCCUCACUUUCCUCAUGCCGGUGCCCGGAUGUCCAACAGGUUACUUGGGUGCAGGGGGUCUGUCCGAUUUGGACCAUACCAACUGCACGGGGGGAGCGGCAGGGUACAUCGACAACUGGCUCCUCACUCAGGACCACAUCUACGGCGAUGAGACACCAAAGCAUGAGUACCAGAUCCUAGUGAACUAUGACCCGGAAGGAGUUCUGGGUUCUUUGACCUCCAUCUUCAUGACCUUUCUCGGACUCCAGGCGGGAAAAAUCCUGCUGUCCUACGAGGACCACGGCAGCCGGCUGGUGCGCUGGCUCCUCUGGGGGAUCGGACUGGGCCUGCUGGCGAUCCUGCUGUGUGAAGGUCGGCAAAAUGGCGGCUGGGUUCCCAUCAACAAGAACCUCUGGUCGGUGACCUUUGUCCUGUCCCUGGCGUCCAUGGCUUUCAUCCUCCUCUCGGUGUAUUACUUCCUAGUGGACGUGCGGAGGUGGUGGACUGGGUUUCCCUUCUUCAUGGCAGGUAUGAACUCCAUCUCCGUGUACCUGUGUCACGGCGUGUUCCAGAAGUACCUGCCGUUCAGCUGGAAGAUCCGCCACGAGACGCACGCCAACCUCCUCUUCAUGCACCUGUUCGGCUCCAGCCUCUGGACCAUCGUCUUCGCAUCCUACCUCUACUGGAACAGCAUCUUCAUCAACAUAUAAAACAGCAUCUUCAUCAACAUAUAGGAACAGCAUCUUCAUCAUCCUUUGGACCAUCGUCUUCGCGUCCUACCUCUACUGGAACAGCAUCUUCAUCAACAUAUAAAACAGCAUCUUCAUCAACAUAUAAAACAGCAUCUUCAUCAAC